GCCGCAUCGCUGGCGUUUACAGUUCACAGAGUCACAGCUCAUGCGAGCGACGCGAGCAGCAGCGCGAGAUCGUGGCGCGUCGUAACGAUUUUUGCGAGCCAAGGUCGCGAAAAAAGACAAUUGUGGUGAGAGAAAAUCGUUGUGAAAGUGCCGCACGUCGUCGGGCCGUGGGACAAUCUCGUCACGCCGUGAAAAGCGGCUCCUUCGAGACAGCUUCGCGCCGGCAGAUUCUGAUCCGGAGCGCAGCACAACGGCGUGCACAAGCAGCAACGGUUGGAAAAAAGUGCGCGCGCACAUGAUGCAUUUCGGAGCGAGUUUCCGUGAAGCAGUCGAUAAAUCUUUAAAAAAUCGAUCUCUAUCCCCUGUGCAUGACAUCUCGUCACGUGUCGGAUAUUUAUGUGUGUAAUUGUGUGGAAAAAAAAUUGAGCAGCCACUUGUUCUCCAAACGUACCUCUCACGGUGAUACUGGAGAAAUAUCGAAGAUCAAUAGUGAAAGAAUUUCCAAAUGAUGGAUGAUCAGUAACGAGUGCAGUGAUCAAGAAUUUCUGAAUGAUUUCUGACGGAUUGUGAAGAAUAUGCACAGUGAUAAAAAAUAUUUAUUGGUGAUAAAGCGAUAAAGAAAUUUCAAGAAGCAUAUUGUGUAUCGAUAUACAUAUAUAUGGAUAUAGAUAAUAUCCAAGUUAUGGAUAUUUAUGUGGCAGUGGAAGCGAUGUGUCGUCACAGCGAUUGGACGAAAGUCACGAGGACUCUAACAGGCCAAACGGCAUUCAACGAGAGACGACGCUACAAUCAUCGCCUGCACACGUGGAGAUGUGACUCUCGAUGUUGCGCUUAGAAAAUGGGUCCCGGCCGCAUGGAAUUCGCUCUGUGAUAGUCAGCUUUACCCAGCCAAAGAAUUGUUUUACGGAGAAUCGCAAAUUUCGAAGCUUUAUCCUACCAAAGAAAAGCAAUAAUGUUAUGCCUUAUUGCCGACAGCAAUAAUACAUGUUAUCAAUAAUUUAUAAAAACGAGCAAUAUGCGUAAAGCGGUCCCAUCGCAUUGAGAGCGUUCAGGCGUAUAGAAAAUCUCAAAAGGAUCGGAUAUAACGAUAAGACAUUGGGAUAUACAUAUAUCAAGCGGAACCGUCGUGCGAUUCCCAGAUGAAAUUUCGCAAAUCCGCCUCAUCUAGCCCGAAGAUGGAACUACUUUCGAGGCGUUCCUCGGACGGCAGGAUGUCGACCUUGAAAAGGUCGAGAUCCUUCCGAGCGUCCGUGAAAUUGAUGUCAAAAAUACGCAAUCAUGCUAAUCUACGAUUGACUGCCGGUUUCGACCUCUCGUCCGUCUCAAAAGACCUCGUCGUCAAGAAAGGAUGCAGCAACCUCUCCGUCCUUGAGGAAUCUCAGGACGGUGAGAGGUCCUCGGAGCUACGAAAAGGUUCCGGGGAUAUGAAUUCUCGCGUCAAGGACGAAGUUGGUGACGCGAUAUCUCGGAGUCCUCGAAAGAUUUCGGUGUCAAAUCCCGAAGUCGAUCCGCGAGAAAUUACAAAAGAUCUGAAGAGUAAGCUGUCUCUGACUGACAGGUUAAUGGGUAAGGGUCGCAAGGACGUGGAGAGACCCUCGACGAAGGACGAAGGUGCGAAAUCACCGAAGGUCAUUCACAUCUUUCGCAGGAGACACAGCACGGAGGGCUCGCGGGAGGAUAUUCGUGCGAAGGAUUGUAGCGACAAACAUGCGUCCUGCGAGACGGACCGGCUAAACAAACAUGUAUUCUACGAGAACCCUACAUUCGUGCUGGACAGUUCAUUGGACUCCUCCGUCUCGAGCUUCCUCUUUGAGGUCGAAGAGGAGGAGGAGGAGGAAGAGGUGGUGGGGCGGGAACAACGGCGGAAACGAGAUAGCAAAAAUAAGCGCGCUGCGUCAUCCAAGCGCGACGUGUUGACCGUUGUCGUGGAUUCCCACAAGGCCACGACUAACCGGCCCUUCUAUCGUAAAACGAACUACGAGCGAGACAAGGACGAGGACGGGCAGUACCUCGAGAACGAACGGUCACUAGGCGCAUUUCGUCCCAGAUGCGAUACCGAUCCUUCGAGACCUUCGCGUCCUUGUGACGCGCGGGGCGGGGACUUGCGUGUGAUGAACAUGAUAAAUGGAAAUCGAAGGACGACCGAAUCCUUCGGCGAGUUCGACCGCCCGAGGAUUAAGUUUCACUGCAAGGCACACGAGACGGAGAGAAAAAACGCGACGAUCUGCUUGCAGAAUCAAAAGGUCCACGACGACGUCAAGACGUGUCCUUCCAAGACCUGCAAAGUCAGAACGGUCGAUAAUAUCGCCAGUUUUUGGGCGACCAGACGUGGUAACAGUUUUCGAAAUAAAAUGACGACCGGUAGGAAAAGGGAUGCGAAGGAAACGAAGGAUUACGAGCGGUUCGGUCAGGAGCGAGUUUAUGUGUCGACAUCAUCGGGAUCAAAGUUCCACUCGUUGCAAGGGAUGGAGUUCCUGGAGGGUUUUGGCAAGAAGAAACAACAGCCUCAUCAACAACUAAAUAAUUUAUCAUCAAUACAUAUCAAUCCUCUCUCGGCCCAAUCCCUCAACAUACACCUGCAUGCUCUAUUUGCGGCUGUGGAACAUGGCCAUUUGGAUAAAGCAAGGACUAUUUUGGAGUCUACCGAUGUGGAUAUAAAUAGCGUUAACAGCGACGGCUUGUCACUGCUGGACGUUGCCGUGCUCAGCAACAACAGGCCGUUGGCAAAAAUGCUGGUUGCGUUCGGCGCGCAGGAAGGGAACCAAUUUAAGUCUCCGGAAUCUCUGGGUAGCCACUUGGCGUCGUUGCUUUCGGAAGCGGAACACAGAGUUCAAGAGCUCGGCGGCAGUACUUCCGGCAGCGGUGGAACAAAUCUAUUGGAACCACCUAGCAGCCACAGGGCCAGUUUUUCCACGCAACAUAACAACCUCACGGGAUGCGGCGGUAGCGCGGAGGAUAAGCAGCUCGCCCUGUGGGAAAGGAGAGCCAGGGCCCUUAGGAAAAUGCUGCUGGGUUUCGACCAAGCGCGCCCACCCGACAUGCCUUUCUUGGUUGCGAUCGAUGUCACCGGAACGACAUCGGUAACAGUCAGGUUUCAAGAACCAGACUCGCACGACUCUCCGAUCUGUACCAAAUUCAAAGUUCAGUGGAGCCCGCAUGACGACUUUUCGGUUAUUUGCGGUGAGAAAGAAGUCCUGGACAUGAAGCAGAGGGAGUGUCGGAUCGAGGGUCUGACUCAAGGUCAAAAAUAUCACUUUCGCGCCGCCGCCGGAAAUUUGAAGGGCUACAGCAGGUUCAGGAGCUCGACGCCUGCACACGUUACACCCAGCAGUUGGAGAGAUAUAGACGGUAGGGUGCCCAGAUUCGCGGGACGGCUGGAACAACUGAACAUUCUGUUCACGGACAUAAGGCGGCCAGAGUAUACACAAGAAACGCCGGCGGUGCAGAGGCGAAAUCACAAAAAGAAAACAACGAUAAAGCAGCUCUUUACGGCAACGAGUAAAUUCCAGAAGAAUCUCAGGCGAGGAGUGUUUUUAGCGUGUCUACUCUACCACGAGGACAAAGUACUUGUUACCAACGAGGACUUUUUACCCGUGAUCGAGAUCGAUGAGACGUAUCCCAGUUGUAUCUACAACGACUUUCAUUGGCUUAUGAAAGUCGCCUGUACCUGGGACGAUGUUAAAUCCCUUCGGCAGGAUAUGGAAAAGAGUCACAGCAGCUCGACUAAUCAUUUUAGGAUAAAAUUGCUUCAAGCUGCUGCCCAAAUGCAGGCUGCAUUGUGCAUACAAGAUCUUGGACAGUUGUAUCACAAACCUAUCAGAGACAUUCAAGGCACCUUAGUGUUCUCAACAGUAAAUUAUAUAAAGUCGCCGAAAUUGGUUUCUGUAUUAAACAGCAGGUGGUUACCGCUCAGUAAAGUCAUAAAGAAGAUUAUAACGCAUGAAGAUAGUAACGUCGCCGAUCUCUUGAUGGCUAGUAUACAAGAACAAAUGACAUAUCACCAAGUCAGCAGUAUAAAACUAUCUAAGGGUUUAUAUCUCGGUUAUCUGAAAAUGCAAAGCAGCGUGGACCUCAUACAAGUCGUUGUUCCAACGAAAUCUCCGAACGUAUUGCCACAUUGUAAGAUUCGCGAUAAUCCGCACGUAUCCGCGGAGGAGUGGGACUACCUCAAGAGAGUAACGCGCAUCUGCACGUCCGAGACUUCCGUGAAGGAAUCCGAAGAGAAAGAGAACGUGACGAAUGAGGCGCAAGGCACGGAGCAGCAGAAGCUAUUUGUCGACCUGGUCGCCGCGACGGCGCGACGAUUGUUCAAUUACAUGGAGAUCAGUCCGGAGGAUUCGCUGGUGCAUCGGUUAUACGACGCUGAGGUGAUCGAUCUGACUCACGAUGUAUCGUUCCUGAUCGCCGUGCCGCCUGCCGAAACUGCCUGCUGCGUACCUGGUACGCGAGAGAUUCUACUUCAGCGCGGUGACCUCCUGUCGUUGCCCAUUCAGGUUUUCGAGAUGGUCCAUUUGAAUACGUAUCAGAAGGAUGUGAUCAAUCGUUACUCGAGACUCAGCUGCAUCUUGGAACUGGACACCGCACAGGCUCAGCAUAAUCACAGAGAGGCCUUCAGUUCCUUGGAAUUGAGCGUCGCAAAGGACAAACUGGCGAAAUUACAGGAUCUUCAGUUGCAGGUGAACACCGUGUGGAAGGGCGCCAGAUGGUUGAUUGACGUUAUAACUUUCGCGAGAGAUCGCGGCUCCUCUCAACAAAACAUCGCGUCGCAGACCAUUGGUAUAUCUAUGAAGGAUCUACUCAGUCUGGAUAGAAAUAAGAACAGCAAUAGUAACAGCUUAAAACGAAGCUUAUUACAAUUACCACCUAGAGAUCCCAAGCUCGUGAAAUCGAGUCCCGGCCGUGGCAGCUGGCCGGGUCCCAAUCUGUCGAAAUCGUCCUCGAAUCUCCUGACUACGGAAUUUAGCAAGAGCGAGCAACAGCUGCCUAGCGGACAGUACGUACGCAAAGGUAGCAACACGUCAACAGCUUCGGAGCCGCAGAAAUCAUCGUGCGCGCCAAUAAGCAGCAGCAGCAAUCUGACGACCACUAGUAGCGCGAAUCAUCUCGUACCGCUGCAAAACGUGAGAUUGCCGCCCUCCAAAUCCGAGGACACCUUGAUCCUCGCCAAGUACAAACACAGCCCGCGAAAUCGUUCCGCGACGAUAACGUCGGCAUCGGCCACCACCAGUCCAUUAUUGAGUAUCAAGCCUAUCAUCUACAGCGGUUCGUUGUUGAGCGUCUCCACGGCGAUGACGAACACCACGAGUCUGCUCAGCGUGAGCAACACGAAUUCCGACAGUCUGCAUUCGCUGAGCAGCGACGAGUACUCUGCCUCGAAUUCAAGCGUCUGCUUGAAACCUGGCCAGCCGGUCAAGGUCAAAACGUCCAAACCGACCGCGAGCGUCGCGGCGAUGGCCGCCGUCCCGGCGGAUAAUUUAGAUGAGGAAAAGGAAGAGGCGACUAUGAUGCCGGCACCUCUACCAGGCAUUCUUCAGGUUUACGCGGCUUACGAGACUGGUUUGGCAGCUGGUACGAGUUUGAAGCUGCAUGUAACGCCGAGGACCACGGCGCGGGAGGUCGUGGAUCUUGUCGUUAAGCAACUCAACAUGGCAGUGGUCCUAAAGGGACAGAAGGGACCCACCUAUACGGCCGACGAGCUACCAAACUUUUGCCUCGUUGCCGUAAUCGGUGCGCGGGAACGUUGCUUGAGGGACGAUUUUAAGCCGCUUCAGUUGCAGAACCCGUGGAAGAAGGGGCGGCUCUACGUUAGGCAAAAGCAGGAUGUUCUUGCCGCUCUUGAGCACAGUAGUAAACACACCGCGUACUUAUAGCAGAAGUAAAGCGGUAAUAUCUCUAAGCGAUUAAUGAAUCUACUUACCGAAUAAUGUAAAUUGAAUUUCAGUACGUCCUGCACGUGCAAACGUAACGUUCCCUAAUAACGAUAUUUCGCAUAGAGCGAAGCCUAGUCGUACAUCUUUAACGGCACUACCGACAAACGAGAGAUGUUUUAAUGAACAGCGACUACCUGAAGGAAAAGUAGUUUACAUUUAAUGCCUCAUGAACCGAGAGCUACUUUCCUUGAAUUUUUCUUUCAGUUUACAUUAUUCUUGAACGAAUAUGACUUUGUGAGAUUCGGUCAUUUCAUGUGUAUAACAAAUAUAUUCAAAAUUAUUUUACUCAGGAAAAAAGUGCUUACAAUUAGCCUCUAAAUAAGUGACAUAGUCUCAAGAAAUUUAAUAAUUUUUUUGAAAAAUCGCUUGUUAAAGUGUCUGUCUUCUACUUUUUAUUUUUCUUAUAAACGAAACGAUAUUCUUUUUAUGAGAGAAAUUUUGAUUUCUUUCGACGCAAUUAUAUUCUGGUCUAAUUUUACUGGUAAACGUAGAUUUAUGUUUUGUGAUGUUCAGUAGCCACUAAGAGGAGCGUGAAAACAAACAUAAAUAAUUAUUAAAGUAUAUCAAUGCUUCUUGAUGGGCAAUUAAUCACUGAUUAUGAGAAAUCGCGACAUAGACAACUUUGAGGGAUCGUUACAAGUGUGAUAAGUACCAGUGAAAUUGAAGUCUAUUAAUUUUAUUUUAAGUGUGUACAUUCCGGCUCGGAAAUUCAAGCACGAUCUGUAAUAUUCUUCGAAUGUUAGUUAGUUUGUAAAUGAGUAAUACUCGAGACAUACUGUUAUAUUUUAUGUACCGAUCUCAAUGUUUUUAUUCGAUAUGCGUAUUAUCAAGGAUAUAUGCAACUAUAAGCUGCUUGAGAGAUCUCAUUAUUCCUUAUGUCACCAGUUCGUUGUAUUCAAGUAUGAUUCAUCGUUGCGAAAUCAAUGAGGGCUUCUAGAGCGCAAGACAGACGUAAUAGUGAAAUACUUGGAUACUUCGAAUCAAUAAGGAUACCUUUUUGAAGUCAGUAAAAGUUUUAUAUUUAUACUAUUAAAAUGAUAUCAAAUGCCUGUAAAGAAAUUUUACGUUCUAAUGUCAUGUACGACAAACUUAUUGCUAAUGAUUACAUAUGAUAUAUUUUCUGCUUGACUAGAUCCGUGUUACCAGGCUCAGAAAUAGGAAACGAUAAUUUCACAUGCGUUUUUUUUUAUGUGUGUCAAUCCAACGUAGUGUACUCUGUUCUUUUUAAAUAUUCAAAAUAAAAUAGUAAAUAAAGAAUAAAAAGUUCCUAAAGUCUGGUAGCAUCUAUGAAAACGGCUUAGAGUAAAAAGUAUAUUUUUUAGGAAAUAGGCAUGAUCAAUUUUUAUGCCGACAAAUUUUGUUGAUAAAAAUAGUGUAAGAGAAAAAUGUUAUGGAAUGGAAGAAGUAAAGAAUAAAAACAUUAAUCUAAGACUUUAUUUGAAGAAUAUUUUGAAUCUAAGGCGGCGAAUAACCAGUUUGAACCAGUUUUAUAGUUAGUUAUUAGUAUAGUUAGGACGAAGAGGCUUAUAGACUGUUGUACAUAACAGAACAAAGAGUAUUAUUAAUCUAUUAUUUCAAAGAUAACAAAUUAGUUGUAUUUUUUGUUUUGAUUUAUAAUUUCUAUUUUGCAUUAUGGCGCGCAUAAGAGUACGUAAUUUGUUUCGUUGCAAAGUAUUUAUGCGCGUUUUGCACACGUGUAUAUCUACAAUUGUUUUUACCUCAUUUUAAAAUCGUGUAGUAAAAAGGAAUUAGCAUAGGCAUAAGCCUCAGAUCAGAUUUACCUUUAAAAAUUUAUAAAGAAGAAAAUAUCUAAUCAAAAGGAUGAAUUUUAACUUUCAUGUUAUUGUAAAAGAUGAAUUUUCGCAGAAAUUUUUAAAGAACGUAGUUGACACGUCGCCUGCCACACGUGUAUACAUAAAAUUGAAUGUUACAAAUCCAAUUAGGAGAGAACGGUGUACGGCAGUCGAUGUAUUAACUGAUUCGUUGAUGAGUAUAGUGUAGAAUGGUUUACUGAAUACUUAUCCCCAAUCGCACAAUAUUACUGCACAAUAUUUAUCACGCAACGAACUUUCCAAACGUCUCGAGAUCGCGAUGCACAAUUUCAUCUUCAUUCUAUCGACAAGAUUAAUUAGUGCAGCAUAUAUGUACACUUAUACGUAAUCAUUCGAUUAACAGCGAAGAAAGUGAUGUAUUUAAAAAGAAAAUCUUCGGCUAUCCGGAUAGUAAGAAGGUAAAGCACAAGUGACGAUGUGGAACGAAGAUAAAGAAACACGUAUGUAUGUCUAUGUGUGUGUAUGCGUGCGUGCGUGCGUGCGUGCGUGCGUGUGUGUCAAUUGUAAAUCCAUAUUUCUCUUACUUCGCCCGCCGGAAAUCUGCGAUAAUAUCGAUCUGUCAAGCCAACAGUCCGUAAUCCCGAUGUCCGUGCAGAUAUCUAUCGUGAAAUCCGUCCUUCACAUCACGGAUCCGACUCGGCUGUAUAUUCGAAGAUCCUUCUCCCUCCAAAUAUAUCAUGCUUAUUGAGCAGUAGUAUCGUGCACCAAGGGGCCACCUGCAUUUAACAAGGAUAUGGUGCACAUAUUUUUUUAUCGGCCGAAGUGGCAAAGGAUCGAAUUAAAUUGUUAGGGAGACAAGGCGGGUCUCGCUGGCUGCAUACCUAAAUCCGUGUACCGUGCUGUGAAUCCGCUGAAAGCCCGAUGUCGCAGGCGGAGGAAAAAGCGAAACGGGAAUUACAGUUUGCAAGUGAACCAAAACUGACCAAACUGACUGGCGGCGUUUAACAAAAAUUGUCAGCGGUGCGUCGAUUUAAUUAUGCAGUCCAUAUCCUCUGCCUCUUCUCCGUUAUUUUUGCCUAGACACAUACGAUCGUAUUGUUGAGAGCUGGCGGGCACUCCCCCCGCGCUCUCCCUCCCGUUCGAUCGAGACGAUAAUAGAAAUUUUAUUAGCACUACGUGAGUGUCUAUCGAUGUUGAAUGUAAAAAAUAACCGUUAGCAUAUUAAAUAUUACGACAUGGAAAAGCGAGAGAUGCGCCGAGCCAACAACGAAGGUGGCUGAAAUAUUUGUAAAUAUUUCGUGGAAAAGGAGCAACCGCACGCACAAGGAAACUAGAAGAUGAAAUUAUUUUGGACGAGAAAAAAAGAGAAAAAGAGUUCUCUCGUUUCUAUGAUCCACUCAAUGCGAUGUAAUUAUAAUUGUACCUACGCGACAGCGAUGUGAAUUAAUUAGUCGAAGUCCGAAUAGAGACAUUCUCGCGCUCCGAUCCCUUUGCUUCCCCCUUUCCCCGGUCCCACCCUCGUGUCCAGAAACAAGGGUCACUUGGACGCGUGAUUUGUAAAAAAAGAGUGAUGUAACGCGCAAGCGAGCGCGCGAAAAAAAUUAUGUAGCGAAUUGGUGUUUGUAUAGAAAAAAUGGCUUCGUUUCUGUUGCGACUGAUUUCUUCCCCCGUUUUUUUCCGCAGGGGACAAUGUACUACGACGGAAACGCACGAAAUAAAAGUAUAACAUUGUA